AUGCUGGGCCUGGGACCAACGGAUCUCAGUUUUUCAUCUGCACCGUCAAGAUUCAGUGGCUCGACGGCAAGCAUUGGACAGGUGGUUGAGGGACUAGAUGUUGUAAAGGCCAUCAAGAAGGUCGGAUCUGGUUCUGGAAGCACCUCCAAGCCUGUUGUGGUCACUGACUGUGGUCAACUCUCUCGCAGAAGAUUCUCGCAGUCUUCAAUGGUUAUAUCUUCCCAGUUUGCCAGCGAAAUCGUUCCUGUUCCUGUGGUGGAGGGCCUUUUCUAUCCAAGAGCCAUUGUCAAUGGUCUCAUCUGUAAUAUGACUAUUCCAAGUUGGGAAAAUCUGCUGAGCAUCUAUAAUUUAACUGGCAUAAAGGAAGCCUCUACAGUAACUGACCUACAGCAAUUGGAGGUUCUUAUUGGAAGUUACUUAUUAGUGGUUGGUGCACUAAUUGGCCUCUUAAAACCCGGGAGGAUGAGCAUGUUUGGAACUCUUCUAGUUAUAUGGGGCCUUGUCAAGGAAGGGAUUCUAAAAAAGCCUGCAAGCACAGAUCCAACAAACGCAGUAUUUGUCUACGAUUCCCGUAGUAGCGGCGAGCGAAAUGGGAGCAGCCUAAACCGUGAAAACGGGGUUGUGGGAGAGCAUUACAAGCGUCGUGCUGCCACUGGUUUGUUUUAUCUUAUAUAUCAAAUAUGA